AUGUCGGACAAGGGGGAACCUCCCCCAACACGCCGUAAACCACCUGAUAGGCGUCAGGGAGUACUCGACAGGCCCCUCAUGGAGCGAGACCUCUUCGCUCCUGAGAGAUCUAGAGUGCUCCCACCUUACAGCCAACUCCCGAGGCGAAUAGGCAGUAUACCGGCGCCCGGCGCCGCGCUCGGCGCAGGUGAAGCUGUGUCUUCACCGAGCGCAGAACUGGCUCCAUUACCACGCCGGAGCCUAGCCUCGCGGAGACGUACACCUCCCGAGAUAGAACAAGACCAGCUGCAAGAGGAGAAAAGGCUGAGAGCCGGAUCAGACUCACUAUCUGAUUCGGCAUCGCCUUCUGCCUCUGCCACACCACCUGAGAUACAAGCCCCACAACCUGUGGUAAGACAUAACAGACCGCCUAACUCACCGUCUCCAACCACCUCUCCGGCCUGCACCGCUGACAUGCAGGAUUUCGGUGAGGAAGACCCGGAAGGAGAGAGAGAGUGGGACAAUACGUCCUACGCCACUCUAGCCCCAAUUCAAGACUCCCAACCUGUAAACCAGGAGCCCAUACCUGGUCCAUCUUCAGCGCCAGACUCUUAUGCGCAAAUUGCAGCAGCGCCGAGGUCAGCGCCAUCAUCACCUCCACCACCACCUGCACAGAAAGAACAACAGCCAGCCGCCGCUACUGCAGCAGGUGGUGCAAAGAAGCCCAAGGCGAAACCCACUCAUCCGAAGACUUCCGAAAUGGUCACCAGCGCAAUUAAAGAGCUGAAAGAGCGCAGUGGAUCAUCUUUGCAAGCGAUAAAAAAAUAUAUUGCCGCUCAAUAUAAAGUCGACGCUGAAAAACUAGCUCCGUUCAUCAGAAAGUACCUGAAGAGCGCAGUCGAAUCGGGUGCGCUUAUACAGACAAAGGGCAAGGGGGCUUCCGGUUCCUUUAAGCUUGAAUCAAAAUCGUCCGCCUCUAAGAAACCGUCGACGGAAUUUUAUUAUUACGUAUUAACGACAAUGUCUGGACGUGGUAAAGGCGGUAAAGUGAAGGGAAAGGCAAAGUCCCGUUCGAAUCGUGCCGGUCUACAAUUCCCCGUUGGACGUAUUCACAGGCUGCUGCGAAAGGGAAAUUAUGCAGAGCGUGUGGGUGCCGGCGCUCCGGUGUACCUGGCCGCAGUCAUGGAGUACCUCGCCGCUGAAGUUCUAGAGUUGGCCGGUAACGCUGCUCGGGACAAUAAGAAGACCAGAAUCAUACCGAGACAUCUUCAGCUUGCCAUCCGCAACGAUGAAGAGUUGAACAAGCUCCUCUCCGGUGUGACGAUCGCCCAGGGCGGUGUACUACCCAACAUUCAGGCGGUCCUUCUUCCCAAGAAGACCGAGAAGAAGGCCUAA